CCAACCGUGAAACAUGCGUCCAUAAUCUGCAUGCAGUGAAUGACAAGGAAGUCGAAUCCCGCUUGUGGUCUGUAUUUUCGUCAGUUCUAAAGUCCGACAAACAGAUACUUUCCUCUAUUACCUAAAUUACACAAUGGCUUCUUUCACAGAGCGAAUUCUGCCCAAGAAAAGCUCUGAUUUGGCUGCAUUUGGUUUUAUGGUUGUCAUGCUUUGGGUCAUCGCUUUAUUCGAACUGUUUAUCGUCUUGCCUCAAUUCUACGAGAUCUUUUCAACCUGGUACAUGAUCCAUGUCUUCUGUGGCAUUUUYCUAUUCCUCAACGUGUUUUCCAAUCUUUUAAAAGUAAUCAUGACUGAUAUUACAGGCGCUGACCUCGCCCUACCGUCGGUACUUAAGCCMGGCUGGACKUAUUGUCCGUACUGCCAAAUGAACGCCCCGCCCAGAGCUCAUCACUGUCAUGUGUGUAACGUUUGUGUUCUACGACGAGACCAUCACUGYAUUUUCGCUGGGAAAUGCGUAGGACAUGCUAACUAUCGAUAUUAUCUUUUCCUUGCCUUGUAUCUGUGGAUAGGAGCUUUGUAUGCUAAUGUUCUUCAUUGGGGAUAUGUCACAAGUGUGAUUGGCAACUUCGGGUGGAUCACUAUGUUUACAAUGUUCAUGCCGAUGCUGUCAUUGAUGGCAGGRUAUAGCACACUUUAUCAAACAUUUGUUACAUUCAUGGCUGGGAUUUCAGUCUUUGCACUUUUGAUGUUUUCUCUUCUUCUAUUCUUCCAAGUGAAUAUUAUUUCUCGAGGCCAGACUUCUUACGAAAGAAAGAAGAAAAAAAGGCUAUAUGACAAGGGUGUUGUCCARAACUUUUUUGAAAUAAUGGGAAAAAAGUGGUACUUGGCAUGGUUGUGGCCAGCACUGCCGUCGCCACUUCCUGGUGAUGGUACAACUUACACACAAAMCAUAGGACUUGAAACUUCAAAAGAUAUAUGAACUAGAUAGUAAAACUCUUACAAUGUAGCUAGGAAUGAAAUUAUAAGAACUGAAGGCAUAUUUAGUAAUUUUCUUUGGGGGGAGGGGUCAAUGCCUUCUUAAUUGUUGCUGCACUGCAUCUUUUGUUCUUUUUUUUAACACUUCUUAGAUUAGAAGACGAUACACCCCUGCGAAUAUGCACUGUUUGCACACUUUGUGGGUAAAAAAAAACGCUUGGGAACUCUCCCUUGAUGUGCCUUUAAAGUUGGUCCAGUAAUGAGCAGUAUCAAACAGUUUCAAAACAUUUUGUCAAACCAAUAAAUAAUGUUUGUUUUGUAAAGGUGUGCAGCUCAAAUUAAAUAAAACUUUUAAAGAAUAAA